AUGUUUGUCCUCAAGAAUGUGGGCAAGCUGAUUUUUGGCAGCAACAACCAAGAGUCUCUGAUCGAGCUGCCGCAAGGUCAACUGUACCUGGUCCGCCCACUGUCUCCCAAGGGCUAUUCCGAACUCAUAUUCAAGGACGCAACUGCCCGCAUCCGCAGGACCGCCCAGGACUUCCAAUACCAGCUCGUUGUCCAGAGGGUUUAUGAGGAAGGCGAGGCUGAGCUGCUCGCCGACGAGGAAGGAGAGGACGCCGAGAUCGAUGCCCUCGCCACCGAACGAGACGAGAAGACCUUCUUGCUCGACGAAGCAUUACACUUCCGCGUCGAGAAUCGCGACGCAUCGGCCACCGUUGUUGCCUGGAAGGACCUGAGCGGCGACCUCGGCGACGUCUACGAAUUCGUUUGCGACGGCUCCGUCCAGUCCAUGCAGCUCCAAGCAUUCGAGCGCAUCGCAAAACAGUGCCAGUACGAGCGCAAGUACCGCAAACCACAUACCACUGCUUCAGAGUCCGACCUUGCACAGUUCGAGUUCGACGACGAGCAGCCCAUCCCUCACGCCAGCCCCAUUCAUAGCCCUACCGUCGGCCGGCACAUUGACUCCACCGACGACAUGUUGUCCAUCAAGAACCCAGCCAACACGAGCGUCAGGCGCGAUGCCACGCCCCAGAAACCACCAGAAGUGCGCGCCCCGACACGACAGAUGGGUCCCCCGGCCGUGCCCGCCCAACCCGAGCCUCAAGAGAUUCUGUCCAUGGAGCUUGGAGAGCUGCACUUUUUCGACUUUCCCUCGGGCUCCUUCGUUCUCAAGGAUUCCUCCGUCACAGCCCAGGUCUCCGACACUGGAAACUGGCAAUACUGGUUACAUGUCGCAAGCAAGGACCAAGAGUGGCUGGGCAUCCCGGUUGUUGCAGACAUCAACCCAGUCUUCAACUUUGAGUUUCUGUCUUUUAUUUUCAACCAGUUUACCGAUGACGGCUCUGCCUACUCGUGGUUGAUACGCUUCAAGGACCAGCCAACCCUCGAGCGGUUCCAGGAAGGCCUCAUGCGCGCUCUCUGGGAGCAACUGAACGAGAUCAAGUGGACAAAGGUCAAGGACCAGGAGAGGCAGUACGUCCUUGAUGCUUUCGAGGAUCUCAAGAUGGACGAUGUGCCCGAGGAGGGCUACGAAGACGAGGAAGACCCGGAGGAGCCCGAGUUUGAGGAGGUGGAAGAUGAGGACCCUGGUGCGAGAAGUGAGCACUACGACUCGGACGAGGACCAAGACGAUCUCGAGACGCAGCCGAAAGAUGGUGCUACAAACAAGUCUAUCGCUGUCGGCUACAAGCACGACCGCUCGUUCGUUGUCAGGGGUUCCAAGAUUGGUGUCUUCAAGCAUGCUCCCAACAACAAUCUUGAGUUUUCUACCAACAUCUCCGAAGUCAAGACGCCCAAGGGCAUGCUCUUUUCUCCCAAGAAGGCCAUGCUACACAACGAAGAUCGCAACAUGAUACUGCAGAACGACACCGAUCCCAACAAGCUCUACCGCAUGGAUCUCGAAUAUGGAAAGGUCGUCGAUGAGUGGAAUGUCCACGAUGAUAUCCCCGUCGUGACUUUUGCCCCCGAGAACAAGUUCGCCCAGAUGACCCACGAGCCCACCUUCCUUGGUAUCAGCCAUAACUCCCUCUUCCGUGUCGAUCCUCGACUUGCCGGCGACAAGCUCGUCGACUCCCAGCUCAAGCAAUAUGCCUCCAAGAAUGACUUCAGCUCCAUCUCCACCACAGAAAAGGGCUACGUUGCCGUUGCUUCCAACAAGGGUGACAUCCGUCUAUUCGACCGCCUGGGCAUCAACGCCAAGACACACAUUCCAGCUCUCGGCGAGCCUAUUAUUGGCCUUGACGUCUCUGCUGAUGGUCGCUGGGUCCUUGGUACUUGCCGUACUUACCUGUUGCUCAUCGACGCCAUGCAGAAGACUGGCAAAAACGAGGGCAAGCUCGGCUUUGAGAAGUCUUUCGCUGCCGAUUCCAAGCCUCAACCACGUCGUUUGGCCUUGACUCCGGAGCAUGUGGCACAGUUCGCCUACGAAACUGGCAAGCCUGUCACUUUCACUCCUGCUCGCUUCAACACGGGCCAGUCUAACGAGGAGACGUCCAUCAUCACUGCCACGGGCCCUUACAUCAUUGACUGGAACUUGAGGAAGGUCCUGCGCGGUGCCAAGGCCCCCUACACCAUCAAGCGAUACUCGGACGAGGUCAAGGCUGAUGACUUCAAGUUCGGCACUGAUCAGAAUGUCAUUGUCGCACUGCCGAACGAAGUUAACAUGGUUGGUAAGACGCAGCUCAAGAGGCCGACACGCGAGAGCAUCGCCGGUUUCGGUGCUCGACUGAGCACACCCCGUAAAAAUUCAGGAAGGAUCGGUACCAAGGAGAGCGGGCGAUACAAGCUGGGCAGGGACGACGUGGUUGCUUCACCAUAUUAG